AUGAAGUUAUCAAUUCUAAGUUUGCUGGUAGUAUUGUUAAUUUCCUCAUUGAAUGCCGUCCAUAAGUAUCGUCAUGAUCACAAGUUACCUGUCAGCCAAUGGUUGACAUAUGAUAAUUUAAAAGGAGAACCAUAUACAGUCUCAUAUGAUCAUCGUGCCGUCACGAUCAAUGGUAUUCGUACUAUGUUGAUUGCUGGUUGUAUUCAUUAUCCUCGUUCGACACCAGGCAUGUGGGAUUAUUUGUUCAAAAUGGCUAAAACUCAAGGUUUAAAUACCAUUCAAACCUAUGUAUUUUGGAAUAUCCACGAGUAUAAUCGAGGACAAUAUGAUUUUACUGGUAGAGCAAAUCUUUCACAAUUUCUUCAAACAGCUGCUGAUAAUGGACUCUUUGUGAAUUUGAGGAUUGGGCCGUAUGUUUGCGCCGAAUGGAAUAAUGGUGGUUUACCGGCUUGGCUAAACAAAAUACCCGAAAUCUCAUUUCGAUCGUACAAUGAACCAUGGUUAGCUGAAAUGAAACGGUUUAUCGGUGAUAUUUUGAACUACGUUAAGCCGUACUUGGCAUCGAACGGUGGUCCCAUUAUCUUGGCUCAGAUCGAGAAUGAAUAUAACGAUGACGAUAUGAAUUAUGUCGACUGGUGCGGUAAAGUAGUUGAAGAAUUUAAUAUUGGUAUUCCGUGGAUUAUGUGUAACGGUUAUUCGACGAAUAAUACCAUUGAAACAUGUAACAGUUGCAAUUGCGUUGACGAUGGUUGGACAGCGAAUCAUCUGACACAAUUUCCUCAACAACCAUUCAUGUUUACAGAGAAUGAGGGUUGGUUUCAGCAAUGGGGACAAGCUGUAGCUAUACGAACAACAGAAGAUUUAGCCUAUUCGGUAGCAGAAUGGUUUGCAGGUGGUGGAGCUUAUCAUAGUUAUUAUAUGUGGCAUGGUGGAAACAAUUAUGGCAGAACAGCUGCAUCAGGAAUUACAACUAUGUACGCGGACGACACACCAUUACAUGCCGACGGUACGCCGAAUGAGCCAAAAUAUUCUCAUUUAGCUAAAUUACAACUACUUAUUGCUCAAUAUUCAUCAAUAUUAUUAGCUCAAGAUGUACCAGCAAGAACGGCGCUGCCCUAUUGGGAUGGAUCAAAGUGGAUCGUGGGUACUCAACAAUUUGCUUAUAUCUAUGGCGAGGGAGAAGCUCAGAUUAGUUUUAUUAUGAAUCAGGCCGAUAAACUAUUGCAAGUUCGUUAUGAGAACAAUAAUAUUACAAUAUCACCUCACUCCGUUCAGAUAGUCGAUCAAGGUGUUAAUUUAUUAUGGGAAAGUUCAAAUGUGAGUGGAAUCUCUAAUGGAAAUAGUAUUAUUGUACCUGUAAUUCAAGGACCAUUGGAGUGGCAAACUUGGCAAGAACCCAUAGGAAAAAAGACAGCUUCAAUUCCCGUGAUUAGUGCCUCUGUCCCAUAUGAACAACUGAAUGUGACUAAUGAUGAUACUAUUUAUUUAUGGUAUCGUCGUAAUGUCACCAUAUCAGUGCCCAAUCAAUAUGUUCUCGUCACUGUUCAAACACGUAAAUCGAAUGCUUUAUUGUUCUUCCUCAAUGGGCAAUAUUUAGGUGAAUUUGAUAAUCAUCAGCAUGUACAAGGAAAUGUUAAUGCACGUGUCUCGUUAGAUAUGUCCAGCUUUAAUCCAGGUGAACAUCUGUUGGAAAUAUUAUCUAUCUCACUCGGAUUAGACAACGGAGUCUCAGCAAACAGUUUUGAAUACAAAGGCAUUGUUGGUGAUGUAACCAUUUCUGGUGUAUCGAUAAAACAUGCCGAAUGGCAACAUCAAAAAGGACUAGUAGGAGAAUAUCUGCAGGUAUAUACUGCUCAAGGAACAUCAAAAGUUCAAUGGAAUCAUGAAUGGGUGGAGAGUAUCCAAAAACCAGUGACGUGGUUUCAAACUAAAUUUGAUUUGUCAGUUCCCAUCCAAGACUUAAAUGCCAGUCCUCUUCUAAUGGAUGCUAAUGGACUGGGUCGUGGACACGCCUAUAUCAAUGGGAAUGAUUUGGGUCUCUACUGGUUGAUCGCCGGUGAAUGUUCAGAUGAACCACCGUGUUGUUGUCAACAAGCACAGAAAAAUUGCAUGUUACCUACACAGCGUUUUUAUCAUAUACCGCCAGAUUGGCUACAAGCCAAAAAUAAUUUAUUAACGAUUUUUGAAGAUUUAGGAGCUCAGUCUCCAGGCUCUGUCAGUAUUGUAAGACGAAUUAUUACGUUAUAG